UAGAACAACUCCAUUCUCGCGACGGGCGUAAAACGCCGCGCGAUCGCGCGCAUACACAUUUACUCAAAGAAAGUGCCCGGCCCUCCUUCCUCUCUCUCUCCAACCUACUUCUCCACUCCGCGACGCGACCACAAAAAUGACCACCCUCCAAACCUCGUCGCGACAACGCCUCUCCGACGUCCUCCCCCCACUCAUCUUCGGCACCGCAACCUUCAACUACCAAUACAAUCCCGACCCCUACGAACUCGACACCACAGGCCUCGUCCACAAAGCACUCGAAUACGGCAUCCGCGCCUUCGACACCUCGCCCUACUACGGCCCAUCCGAAGAAAUUCUCGGCUCCGCACUCGACUCCUCCUUCGUACGCGAGAAUUUCCCUCGACAAGACUUCUUCCUCAUUACGAAAGUCGGACGGAUCGCGAGCGAUGAAUUCGAUUAUUCGAAAGAAUGGGUUUAUCAGAGUAUACAACGAAGUUUGAAGAGACUAAAGAGCGAGUAUUUGGAUUUGGUAUAUUGUCACGAUGUGGAAUUUGUGAGUGAGGAUGAGGCGAUGGAGGCAAUUAGAGAGUUGAGGAGGAUAAGAGAUGAGGAAGGGACGAUUAAAUAUAUUGGAAUUUCGGGAUACCCGCUUCCUGUGCUUUGUGGGAUUGCGAAGAGGGUGCUCAGAGAGACUGGGGAGCCGUUGGAUGCGGUGAUGUCGUAUGCGAAUUUUACGUUGCAGAAUCAGUUGUUGGCUACGCAGGGGAUGAAGGAGUUGAGGGAGGCGGGGGUGGAUGUUGUGCCGAAUGCGUCGCCGCUGGGGAUGGGGUUGUUGAGGAGGGAGGGUGUGCCGUUGGGGAGUAUGGGGGAUUGGCAUCCUGCGAGCGAUGGAAUGAGGGCGGCUGUGAAGAGGGCGAGUGAUUUUUGUGAUCGAUAUGAUGAGAGGAUGGAGGUUGUUGCUAUUCGGUAUGCGUUGGAGAGUUGGUUGAAGAUUGGGGCGGAGGUGGGAUCGAGAGGUGAUCCUGCUUCGGGAGUGCCGUGGCAGCGUGAGUCGAAUGAGCAGGUUGGAGGGAAUCGAUUGGGAGUGUCGGUCAUGGGCGUCAGUAAGGCAAGCGAGCUCGACAAGACGAUGCGCGUGUGGCGUAGUAUCUUGGAUGGGCUCGAGAACGGCGCCGAAACUGCUCGUCUCGCGGGACGAUGGAGUCGCGACCACGAAUGGAGCAUCAAUCGACGACGAGCAGUGCAGAUUCUGGCAGAUGGCAUCCAAGAGCAUCUCGACGAAUAUCUGGACUUUUGUUGGGAUAGUCCGGGCGCAGGCUUUGUGAACAAGCGCGCAAGAAAGCAAGAUGAUGGACGACUUUUGCAGCCCGAAGUUGCCGCGGAUGCCCCAUUCACCCCUGCUGCAUCUCCGCCGCCACAUGAGAUACCCUACCCCAAUGAUGCAACUCUGGCUCUUCGCUAGCGAGAACUGCUGCGAUGCGAGACAUAUCGAUGUCAUCAUGUGGUAUGCGAAUGUUGAUGAUGGGAUGAUUUCUGGUGCAUAUUUUGGCGCAUUGAAAAUUUUAAACCCCGAUCUAUCAGGGCCGGGUAUAGCAUGGAGUCCGUACAUGGAGGUGGGGAGAGUUUGAAUGGUUGUAUAGACAGGCGGCUCACGCUGACAUGAAGCAUGGUGGCUAUCGAUGAUUUGUGUUAAAGAUGACCAGACGAAACGCAUAUUGCUCGCGCGAGUGCCGCCAUGCGCGCUCUGCGGCUCUGUUGGGCAUUCCCAUGCUGUCUGAUGAAGUGUUUGCCGUCCCGACCAUCGCAGCACUGUGAAACAGGAUGGGGACAGUAGCAUUUUCACGUGCAGGUGUCGAG